GAAAAUUUGCUGGACCUAAAUUUCUAAGAAACGUUAAAGUAUUUUUGUUGAAAAAAUAUUUGUCUCAUCUGGUUAAGAGCAAAAAAUGUGGCAACAAAAAUACAAAAGAUCAAUAGCAAUAUCUGCCUUGGUUUGGCUCCUUCGAACAACAAUCAUAAAUGCUGGUAUCGCCAUAGAUGACAUGUCAGUCGACAUAACUAUUGACAACUCUGGGAGAUUAAUCACCGACACUGGUAAAAACUGCAGUGUUAAUAACGACUGGCAGACACCUCAACAGUUUACUUUACCAGGUGACACGAGAAGUGUGUUAAUAAAAGCCCAUAAUGACCCGGGCAAUGUUGGUGGGAUUCUCGCCUCCUUCAACAAUAACGUGGUCACGAAUGAUUCAUGGGAAUGUGCUGAUAUGAAAGAUUGCGGGUUCUCUUGUGAUAUUAGGAGUUCCUAUUAUGCAUGGAAACCAGCCGUUAGAUAUGGGAGAAAUGAUGAUACGAGAACGCCAUGGCAUAUAGGUAACGGUGGCAAAAUAAAACACAUUAAAUCAAAUGCACAAUGGAUUUGGGUUGAGAACAGCCGGGCAAAAGAUGUGUGGUGCAGAAAGACGUUCGCACCUCCUUCAACGAGUCCGCCUCGAACACAAACAUCUGCGAACGUUAAAGUUUUUCUAGCAGCACUUCGUUCGUCGAGUCAACAUCCUAAACAAACAUCUCAACACGAUACAGCAACUUCUUCUUUGAGUCAUCUUCCAACGAGCACAACUUCACAUGGUAAAGCAACUUCUUCUUUGAGUCAUCUUCCAACGAGCACAACAUCGCAUGGUAAAGCAACUUCUUCUUUGAGUCAUCUUCCAACGAGCACAACAUCGCAUGGUAAAGCAACUUCUUCUUUGAGUCAUCUUCCAACGAGCACAACAUCGCAUGGUAAAGCAACUUCCUCUUUGAGUCAUCUUGCAACGAGCACAGUUUCAUAUGGUAAAGCAACUUCUUCGUUGAGUCAUCUUCUGACCAGCACAACUUCAAAUGGUAAAGCAAGUGUUGCAUCAUCUUCUCAGGCUGCUUGCGUUGGCAUGUCUACAACUCGUGUUGAGAAUCACAAGCUCGAGGGUUUUGUUUUUAAAGAAUUUCAUGUUAAACAUGUUGCACAAUGCGGCAUGAAGUGCUUCAAUGAGAAAGAUUGUCGAUCAUUUAAUUUCAUUUCCUCCUCAUUGAGUUGUGAGCUCUUUGAUUUCAUUGAACGUUUGGGCUCAGAAAACUUUAAACCAGCUCCUGGUGUGACAUAUUUCUACAGGAAUGAUUGAUGGACGAACGUUGCAAGCCUCUUAAUGAUGAACAUUGCAAAUCGUUGUGGCAAAUAUGUAACUAUUAAGUUUUUGGAGUUGACUAUUCUCAGCAGUAUUCACAUUCAGCAUAGUUUAUAAAAUAAUGUCGAUGUGAUCGUUUGUGAUAUCAGUAGGGAUAUCAGUGGCAUUUAUAAGGUAAAUGUCAAAAUCUAUAGGGGACAUGACAGGAUAUAUUGGGAACUAUAUGGUUUGACUUUGAGACAGCUUUACCGUUCACAUAUCUUAUUUUUUAUGGA